AUGCGGCGUGGAGACGCAUUCAGAAUACCUGUUGUGUCAUUUCAUCCUGGCCACAGCUUUGUACUCGCCGUUGCAGCGAUCCAUAUCACAUCUUACAGCCUUUACAUUGUUCACGGAGCAAUGAGCAGCAGUCAUGCUGUUGGCAUUCUGAUAUCCGACGAGAACCAUUGUGAUACAGAAUAUCUAAACCUCUUCACUCCUAAGGAAGUAUUUGAUAAAGCAGCCCUCUACUAUAAUGAUGCCCUAGCUAACAGCGAUUUCAGAGGUGCUCGUGGUGGUAGCGGUGGUGGUGAUGGUGAUGGUGAUGGUGGUAGUUGGUAUAGUGCUAGUGAUGGCUUGUACCGAUCUACAGACAUCCCAAACAUAUUUUCUUUUAAUCUCUUUCUCGCCUCAAAAACUAACCUCUUCCAAGCCGUGAUUAUCUCUGUAGAAAGUGACCGACAACCGUAUCCUACAGAGGUACUGUAUUGUGUACUUCGUGUAGAAUGUGAUUUGUGUUGGGUUGUUGGUAUGGUGCAGAGAUCGGAUCAUCCAUCUUUUUCUUCGUCUUCAUUUUCUUCAUUAACGUUUUCUUCUUCUUCUUCUUCUUCUUCUUCUUCUUCUUCUUCUUCUUCUUCUUCUUCUUCUUCUUCCUCUUCUUCUUCUUUUUCUUAUUCUUCUUCUUCUUCUUCUUCUUCUUCAUUAACGUUUUCUUCUUUUUCUUCGUCUUCUUCAUUUUCUUCAUUAACGUUUUCUUCUUCCUCUUCUUCUUCUUCUUCUUCUUCUUCUUCUUCUUCUUCUUCUCCUUCCUCUUCUUCUUCUUCUUCUCCUUCCUCUUCUUUUUCUUCUUCUUCUUUUUCUUCUUCUUCUUCUUCUUCAUUAACGCUUUCUUCUUUUUCUUCGUCUUCUUCGUCUUCUUCUUCUUCUUCAUUAACGUCUUCUUCUUCUUCUUCUUCUUCAUUAACGUCUUCUUCUUCUUCUUCUUCUUCUUCUUCUUCUUCUUCUUCUUCUUCAUUAACGUCUUCUUCUUCUUCUUCUUCUUCUUCUUCUUCAUUAACGUCUUCUUCUUCUUCUUCUUCUUCUUCUUCUUCUUCAUUAACGUCUUCUUCUUCUUCUUCUUCUUCUUCUUCUUCAUUAACGUCUUCUUCUUCUUCUUCUUCUUCUUUAUCGUCAUCUUCUUCUUCUUCCUUGAAUGGAAACAACAUUGAAAACUUGAAUUGA